UGGGAUGACGAGUUUGUUUUAUCAGAAAUUUUGGGGGUAUCACUGCUGGCGAAAUCUUCCGCAUGGUGCGGGAAUUCUUUAUGUCUGAAACCCUUGAUCCAAGACUCAAUCAGACAAACAUCUGUCUUAUCCCUAAGACUGAGCGGCCAUGUGAGAUGACGGAGUUUCGACCAAUAAGCUUAUGUAAUGUAAGCUAUAAAGUUGUCUCGAAAAUUCUUAGUAAUCGCCUUAAACGCCAUCUCCCGGGUUUGAUUUCGGAGACCCAAUCAGCCUUUGUGGCUAAGAGACUUAUUACUGAUAACAUCCUAGUUGCGCAAGAAGUCUUCCAUGCCUUGAGGACAAAUCCGAGCUGUAAAUCGAAGUUUGUGGCGAUAAAGACCGAUAUGAGUAAAGCUUAUGAUAGAGUGGAAUGGUCCUUCCUUGAGGCACUGAUGAGGAAGAUGGGUUUCACGGACCGCUGGAUUGCUUGGAUACACUUAUGCAUUUCCUCUGUAUCAUAUAAUGUACUCAUCAAUGGAGAACCAAAAGGCAAUAUCACACCAUCCAGAGGAAUCAGACAAGGAGAUCCGCUCUCACCGUUUCUUUUCAUAAUCUUAACGGAGGCACUAAUCUCCCAAAUCCAGGGAGCAGAAAGAGAAGGAAGAAUUACAGGUUUAAAGAUUGCGAGAGAUAGUCCACCGAUCUCCCACCUCCUCUUUGCAGAUGAUAGUCUUUUUUUCUGCAAAGCCGACACUCAACAGUGUCGUGAGCUCAUGAAGAUUAUUGAGGAAUAUGGUAGGGCGUCGGGGCAACAGUUGAAUGUUGCAAAAUCUUCAAUUUUCUUCGGCAGUAAGGUCCCUCCUGAACUCAAGACUGAACUUAAAGAAGCUUUGGGAAUAACUCGAGAGGGAGGUAUGGGAGUUUAUUUGGGCCUCCCGGAGAAAAUCUGUGGAUCAAAGAGACAGGCGUUUGCUUUCAUCCAGGAACGACUAAUGAGCCGGCUAAAUUCUUGGUCAGCAAAACUAUUAUCUAAAGGAGGUAAGGAGGUCCUCAUUAAGUCGGUGGCGCAAGCUAUGCCAUCUUAUGUAAUGUCUUGUUUCCUACUGCCGCAAGACAUUAUUAAAAAGUUGACAAGCGCAAUAGCGAGAUUCUGGUGGAGUACCAAGCAAAAUAAUCGGGGCCUGCACUGGGUAGCAUGGAAUAAAAUUUGCCUCCCUACUGAAAAAGGUGGCUUGGGUUUUCGUGACCUGAAAAAUUUCAACCUUGCCUUGUUGGCAAAGCAACUGUGGCGGUUGGUGCAAUACCCAACAUCACUACUGGCCAAAGUACUAAAGGAAAGAUACUUUCGCAACUCAAAUCCGAUUGAUGUCGAGAAAGCUAGCCAACCCUCAUAUGUGUGGCGCAGCAUUAUGGCGGCCAAGCCACUUCUAAAAUCCGGUCUGCGUAAAUCCAUUGGAUCUGGAUAUAAUACCAGGGUAUGGGACGAGCCUUGGAUCCCUUCAACCCCACCUAGGCCACCUACUGGUGUUGCGCCGAUUCAGAAGCCAAAUCUGUUGGUCUAUGAACUCAUUGAUCGCGAAACCAAGAGUUGGAAUGUGGAAGCGCUAAAAGCGGUGAUAGCCCCAGAAGAUAUACCGCUGAUAAGCAGCCUCCGUAUCAGCAGGUCCUUCAAGGUUGAUAGUUUUUGCUGGAUCCAUACGAAAUCAGGAGCUUACUCCGUUAAAACAGGAUAUGACGAGAUAUGUCGCUCAGAAAAUGAGCAGAACACGGAGCUUUGCAUAGAGCCUAGCGUCACAAGCCUCAUCAACCAAGUGUGGGCGACAAAUACGGCGCGUAAGAUCAAGCAUUUCAUGUGGCAAGCCUUAUCGAACUGUGUCCCGGUUUGCAGUCGACUGACUGAUCGGCAUUGCCACUCAGAUCGUUCUUGCCAAAGAUGUGGACACGUUGAUGAGACAGUAAAUCACAUGCUUUUUGAGUGCCCGCCGGCCACUCAAACUUGGGCUCUCGCGCUACAUCUCUCACUCCAAGGGGAGUUCCCGAGCCCCUCUAUCUAUAGUAACUUCGAUUACCUUCUGAACAGAAUAAAAAAACAGGACAUGCCGGACGAUGUUUUGGCUAGAAUCCCAUGGAUCAUUUGGUUCAUGUGGAAAUCUAGAAACGGCAAGGUCUUCGAAGGUAAGGACUUGACGCCAUUGGAAAUUCUCCAGUCUGCGACCUCGGAAGCGGAUAGCUGGAGCAUGGCGCACGUAACUCCGGAGAGGCGGGAGGAGGAGGAUGGAACGCCUCUGCCCGCAACACAAGAUUCACCAUCAAUGCGCCCGUUUUGCAGGUUCGAUGCAUCUUGGAAAGAUGAUGAUGCUAGGUAUGGUGGUGGCUUCGUGAUGGAGAAGGAGGAUGGGAUACCAAUGUUUGGUUCAUUUGCUAGUAACCGAGUAUUGUCCCCCCUACAUGCUGAGUUUAAUACUCUGCUAUGGGCCAUGAAAUCCUCAUUACUUCUCGGUCACGACUCGAUGACGUUUGAAUCAGAUUGCCUGCAACUGGUUAAGCUCAUUGAGGAAGAAGAAGAAUGGCCAAGUCUAAUGGCUGAAAUUGAUGAGUUUGUUGAUCUUCGUUCUAAGUUUAAUUCUUGCUCCAUAUCGUUUGUUUCUCGUACUAAGAAUGUCCGAGCUGACCAUCUUGCGAAAGGUGCCAGAGCUCGCGGCUUUUGCUUUUCCCAUAUACACUCUGAGGUCCCAACUUGGCUGGUGCUAGACACCACUUGGUUGGCUUCUUCUUAAUAAAAUAUGGAGCUUUUGUUGUCAAAAAAAAAAGAUAUACUUCGGUUAUUUUUCUAGAAUUUUAUGAAGAUUUGUUACUAAUUUUAUGUCAAAAAUAAAAAUGGAAAUAACUUUUGGCUUCUAAUGUUUACAACGGCCCCGCCCCGCCUUGCACCGCAGUUAACAGUAACAAAAAUUUCUAGAUAUACCAUAUAUCUAUACGUUUUUAUAACUGUUAAAACCGUACCACAGUUGAACCGAUUGUCCUGCACCGUUCAAACUGCAAUUACCAUUCGAAGCUUUUGUUUCGAAAACGGUCAAGCCCUUUGUCAAAAAAAAAAAAAAAUGGUUAUAAAAAAAGUGUCGGUGGACUCAGCCACAUUUCAAGAAUUAAAAUUGAAAUUAAUUACCAAUAAUUUGAAAGCGAUUUGGGAAAGCCAUAAAAAUAUCAUUCUGAAAAUGUAAUUAUGCAAAUACAAAGCAGUAAAUGAUAAUGCUUUGUCAGGAAGAAAAGCUGCAAGGUUUUGGAAACUCAGCGUCCAAUCAUAGUUUCAUAAAGAAGAUAACGUAUUCCUCCUUUUUACCAGCUGCGGGCAAUAGCGAAAAAGUUAAUUAUCCAAUUGUGUGUAAUGCUCAUAUGACCUUUAUGCUCAUCGAUUAUUUAAAAUUUAGUAAUACCAUCGUAGCAAAGGUGGAUUCUUCCAGGUCCACAUGAGCCGCGCGUAGAUAUGAGAAACAAAUUAUCAUCAGUCUGGACGAGUAUAGAGAGUGAAAAAAAGAAGCUAAGUAAGGGUAAUAAGUAGUUAUUACUUAAUAAAAACUGGAUAAUUAUAAAAAUGGUACUUGCGUUCACCCGAGUCAAAUUCACAUCACACAUCUUCGAAUUAAUAAAAAUGAUAUUAAUUUUUUUUAAAAAAAUAGCUGAAAAAAAAAGAUAAUUAACGACGCCUAACACCGACAUUAGGGUUUAUAGUUUAUAAGAUUUAAAGUUUUAGGUUUGGGGUUUAGAGUUUUAGGUUUAUGAUUUAAUGUUUAUGAUUUUACUAACUGUGUUAACAUCCGCAUUAACAUCCAUUAGUAUCUCCAUUAACAUCGUUAACAUUGAUGUUGUUCUUGUUUUUUUCUACCUAUUUUACUUUUUCAUUUUAAUUUUAUUUUUAAUUAAUCAUACAUGACACUUUGAUUGAUGAUAAGAAGUGAUGUGCAUUUGACAAUUCACCACAUGGGUCAGCGCAAGUUUUGUUCGAUAAUUAUCGUCACUCUUUGGUUAUGUUUUCUUUGGUUGAUAUUUGAACUGGAUGGUCGCUGUUCUAGCCAGCAGCUGCGUUGAUGCCUUUCUCACGCAGUAAGGUGCGGGGGCACAGGUUUACAGUGGCUAAUUCGGUGGAGCUGUGGUUUUGGCGGCUAAGCCCCACAACGUUGUACUUAAGGCUAUACACAUUGAGCAUUAAAUGUGGCAAUAGAUUCUUCACUCUCGUUACUUGUAUUUUCUUUUUCCCUUGCUUACAAAAUCUUAAAAUCUUAGGGUUGAAGGUUUGGGAUUUUAAGUUUAAAGAUUAGGGUUUAAACCUAUAUAUUUAUAUAUUAAAAUUUAUUAAUUUAUCUAUCUUCGGUUUUAUAGACUAUUUAUUAGAUAAUAAGAAGAUAUAUAUAAAAUAUAAUUUUAUGAUUUGAUCAAGUUAAUUUUUUUUAAUUUAAAUAUUCAUCAAUUCAAGUGUAAUGCAUAUGUAAAAAAUUUAAAAUCAUUUUUUAUAAGUUUUCAUAUAAUAGUGUAAAAUCAAAUUUAGAUGAUAAUAAAAUAAAUCUAUUCUUAUUUUAGUAUCUAAUAUCUAUUAAAUGAUGAUUCAUAUUCAUAUGGUUUUAUAAUCAUUUAUAAUAAAAAUCUAGACACUCAUCACAAAAAAAAAUAGUGUGGGACUCUAACAGUUUUAUUAAUUUAUAAGCAUUUUCAAAAAUCCAAAAUAUAACUAUACAAAAAUGUAAGUUCUUAUAUGGUUAAUAACUUAAUAUGAUUGUUUCAUUUAUUUUAAUAAUAUAAAAUAAAAAAUGACAUAUUACAUACAAUUUUUUAUUCAACAUCAUUAAUUUUUACAUUUAUUGUAAAUGACAAUAAAUUAUUAAGUAAUGUUGAUUUAAGUAGAAAUUGAGAAAGAUUUUUUUGUGAACAUUUUUAUAAAUGAGUGAUACAUUAUAUUAUACUCCCUCCGUUUCAGUUUAGUUGUCUUUGUGAAGGGUAAUUUUCGUUUCAAAAUAAGUCUCAUUUUAAAAUUUCAAUGAAGAAUUUAUUGACAAUAUUCUCAAGUCUAUUUUUCUACUGGAUUAAACACGGUUAGGUGUAUUGGUAAUGAUGUUCUUACUUUGGUAUAAAUUGUAAUAUAUAUAGGUAUAUAUAAAUAUAAUAUUACUAACUGCAGAAAAAUAUAAAAAUAAUAUCAAAAAUUCAAUUUUAAUAAAAUAUUAUUCUCCUUAUUUUGAAUGCUAAAUUAAAAAUUUGGAAAGUUAAGAUAAGAAAUAACUGAUCAAAAAUUAUUAUAAAAUUAAAUCUUAAAUUUAAAAUAAACAUAAAAUACAAAUUUAUGGUAGAUUAUCAAUUAAAAAUUUAUAUUAUAACUAAGAUUGUCAUAUCAGUAAAUUUUAGUUUUAUCUAUUAUCAUUUUAUUUGAACAACAUAGUAAAUUUUUUAAAUCAAAUAGUUUAUUCAGUUUUUUGUAAUACAAAAUUAUAAAAAAAGUUUAAUAAGAAUAUUUAAAAAUAUUAUCAGAUUUGGGGACUUUUACGGGGUCUACUGGUGUCGAAUCACAUGUUAAUGGUGGAUUUUUAAGUUUUGAAUUAGUAAAUUUUCAUUAAAUCCAGACGAGAUUAUAUAUAGUUCGUCGGAUUUACCGGUUCGACCGCAUGUCCGGCUAGGAUAUAAAAUCUUGGGUAUGAAAAACAUAUGGUGUUGAUAUCUAAGCAUUGUAGCACAUGUUACAAUUUAAAUAUAUUUCUAAAUUAAUAUAUAAUAGAUAAGACAAAGUAUGCAAUGUCACUAAAUUUUUUUAUAAGAAAAUUAAUAAAAAACCAAAAACCAAAAUAAAAAUUGAGCAAUCUUUUAUUUCCCUUUUUACAUAAACCAAUUUAUAACUUUGCUUAACCUGUGGUUACAUUAAUCAAAUUCAAAGAAUGUGCGUUCAGCCAGUAUUAGAUGAUCAUAUUUUUCAUUAGCACGAAGAUAAAUAUAAUAUUCUGGACGUUUGUUGCUGAUCUUCAGUUGCAAUACCUUUGAUUUAUGAGACUAAUUUUAUGAUUAUAAUUUGAGAAAAAGACCAGGAUAGAACUAAACCAAAUUUUUGUUCCCAAACUAGCACUCAAGACUCAAAAUCACAAAAAUAUAUUUCAUUAAAGAGGUAAAUAUACAUUUAUACCAUUUGGGUUAAUUAAUCCAAACCUUAGAAAAUUUCUGUUCCAGUCUGGUUUCCCAGACCACCUCAAGCUUGAGUAAUAGAAUAGCCGUUUGAAGAAAAAAAAAAUCCAAACCUUAGAAUUUAGAGUUAAGACGUGGAGUUUUGGAAUUAGGAUUUAAAAUUUUAUAAAAUAAAAAUUAAAUACCAAAAAACUAAAAAUAAAAAUGUUAAAAACAGUUUCAAAAAGUAUUCUUAAAUUAUAAAAAGAAAAUUUGAAAAAAAAUAAAAAAAAUUUGAAAACAAACAAAUUUCAAAAAGAAAUUAUAAAAAAUUUUGAAUCUGAAAACCUAUAAUCUGAAACUAUAAAAAAAUUUAUUUUUUUCUUUUCUUUUUAUUUUAUUUUUAUUUUAUUUGUUUUUAUUUAUUUUUGUUUGUUUAUUUAAUUUUAAAUCAAGAGGAUUAUGGAUAUUUUACCCUUUAAUGAAUGUCAUUUUUGUGACUUUUCCUUCUAAUGCCAUUUUUGAGACAAAAACUCAAAAAUAUGCUAUUAUUGACAACUACCCUUAUAAUUUUCCACUUCUACUUUAUUAACCUACUGAAUUAUUAUUUUUUCAAGCAGAUUUGGCUUGAUAUUUUUUUUUCCUGAUAGCGGUAAAGAGCUGUAAACAUUAAUCUAAAGAUUAAAAUUACGAAUUUAAAAAUUUUACACAAAAAAAAAAAUUCAAAUUCAUUUCCUCAAAAUGCACUAGUGAUCGUUGUUGCUCUUUUAGGAGUACUUCAGUUUAUGUCUCACUAUAUCAUAAUAACCUGGUUUCUAAAUCGAACUUGGAUGUGUCAAUUGGUUUUUUCAAAACUAUGAUCUUCUCAAAUUGCGUUUCCAAAUGACUAUGGGUGUUUCAUUCUAAACUUAGGACCUGACUGGUUUAAACACAGCAAUUGCGGUUGUGGGUGUCGGAGUUUGCGGAUGCAGGUGGUUGCGGUUUUCAAGCGUUAUAACAUACUAUUGUAAUAAAAUAUAAUAAUUAUCAAUAUAAUAUGAUUAAUAAAUAUAUUAGGUUUUUUAUAAAAACUUCAAAUUAGUUGAAAGUUAUUAUUUUAAUAAAUUUUUUUUGAAUAUUUAUAUUAAAAAAAAUUAAAAAUAUUUUAUUUCGUUUUAUAUAUGUGUAUAUCUUUAUAUAUGUGUGUAUAGAAAUGUUUAAAAAUUCUAAUAAAUAGUUAGUUUAAAGUUAUUAUAAAGCAAAUUAUGAUUCUGCUUGUGAAUUUUAAUUAAUAUAUAAAAUAUAUAUUUUUUAUUUAUAAUAUUUCCAUUUUAAAAUUUUAAUUUUAAAAUUUUCAAAUAUUUUUGAAAAUAAUUAUUUAUUUAUUUUUCCACCCGCAACUGCCUGCAACCGCAAACGCUAGCUGGAACCAGCUUUUGAUUUUAAGAAGUUCGGUGCGGUUUAAAGUGAUUUGUAGCGGUUUGUCUGGAUUGGUUGAUGAAAAUGAUAAACUCUUGGGAUUCGUCAAAAAAAUUGUCUGGAUUGGUUGAUGAAAAUCAAACAAGAUCGAUUAGCUUAAUAAUACAACAAGUCAUCUUAAGAAAACAAAAUAUUAUUUCAUUGUUUAUGCAAUUUGAUAAUAUUUGAAAAUAUUACUAAUAGGUUUAUGAAAAUUGGUGAGAAACCCUGAUCCAUCUAGAUUAAUAUAAUAGACUCUCUGUAUAUAUGAAGAGCCCAUAUGUUCCCUUUCUACAGCAUGCCAAUUGUAAGAUUCCGAGAGAGGUUUUAAUCUUGUUCAAAGAUUAUAAAGGAUUGCAGAGACGUAGCCAAUAUAAGUGAAUUAUUAAUAAACAAUUGUUUGUAUCUAUUUUAUUUUCUGAUUUCAUCUUCUAAUAUUCUAAAAUCUACAAACCCAUAUUUUUGUAUCUACAUCAACAAGUUCGUCAAACAGAAUAUGAACAAGUUCGUGAGUUUGAUUCUUAUUCUAUGUCAAAUUAAUUUGCUGUAGAAUAACAAUCAUAAAAUAUUAAAAGAAAUAACCAGAAUAUUGCCGUGGAAGCCCCUUGGUCCAGUGGUUUGACCAAAUGUUCAUUAAUGCUUCUAUAUCAAAAGGUUUGGAUUUCAAUUACCGGAGAAGGCGGAAUUAUGCGAAUUAAAUGAGAAAAAAACUUACAAGAGAUCUGCAGCAUGACGCAAAGAGUACCCGUCAAGCAUGGAUCCUAUAGGGCGGCUCAGGUGAUGUAGUCAGGCGUGAAUCCUCAUACGGCAUAUAUAAUUUUCGGCUGUAGAAUUGUAUGUAAUAUUUCUCAUAUAGUUGUAAUAACAUAAUUAUCCAGCGUUAAAAAAACUAGAAUAUUACCAAAAAGACUGAGAUUUAUUUACCUUACCCAAAAGUCCGGUUCCCAAUUCAGUAGCUCUGAAAGGGACAGUAGACAACUCACCACACCAUUUCCUUCUUCACUUCACAAAUCUCUCAUCUCUCAUCUUUAUCUAUUUUUUCCGCAGAGGUUUUUCUUUCUCCUUUGUUGAGAAAACACUUAUAUCCUCUUUUAGGUUUUUUCCCAUCAUCUCCUCAAUUAUUGUUGCAUAAAAUUUUUUGUAACUAUCUUCAUGCAAAUCAUAGAUGUGAAUAGUGUGUCAUAUGUUUAUUGGGUUUAUCCGGUUGCUCGAUAUGGAAGAUCAAAUCCCACUUGAUCGUUCCAUAAUGUGUUGACGGCUGAACUUAUAUAUGUAGUUAUAUUUUGAUCUCUUUUACAUUUUCAUCAAGAUAAUCCAACUUCAUAUUUCGAUCUCUUUUACAUUUUCAGUUACUUAUCUCAGAUACUAAAAAUAAUAUGAUAUAUGAUUAAUAGAAUAUUGAUUUCAAAUAAUUCAAGAGAUAUUGCAUGGACAUGAAAUGUGUUGACGGUCAGUCUAUGUAGUAUAAUUGGAAAGUGAGAAAGUAAAUUAUACUAAGUUUCUUAUAGUGUAAUUGGAAUGUGAGAAAGUGUCUAUAAGUGUAAAAAACUCUUAUAUUUUGUAUAAAAAUAGAAAGGUUGGAGAGUACUCUAAACAACAUUAAUUCUGAGCAUGAAGUAACUAACACAUAUUAUCUAUAUGAAUUACAUCUAGAUACGAUGCUGGAUCAAUCGAAGUCUUUACAGAGCAAUUUUUUUUUUCUUUUGAUUUGUAAAAUGCGAUCGUUGUCACAUGAUCUCUCAGAGAAGCAAACAUUAUCUUCCUUUUCUUAGAAUUUGGGGGGUCUUGAUUAGUUUUAUAUCUUAAAUUGUUUAUAUCCAUGCUUCACACGGUUCAUAGAUUUUUGUUAUAUGUCGGCAACAUGAAUAUUAUGAUGAGAAAAUGACAUGUAGACUAUUCAAUACUUCGUUUAUUUGUCAGAUGAUCAGUACUCAAAAUUUUAUGAUAAGAAAGAAAUAUAUAACAAAAUGUACAUUCAUCGCGAAUUUAUGAGUAAUUUUUGAUUUUGAAGAACCUUACAAGUUAAUGGACGAUAGAUAAAAAUGGAUAGAGUGCUGCGUAUAUGGACCAACAUAUGCUUCUUCGGGCACUUCUGGAUGUAUGAUAUAAAUAUACAUGCUUUUCGUAACAAAUAUAUAUAUAUAUAUACUUUUUUACCAAUAAUCAAUUCACAGAAUAAUCUAGACGUACUGGUCGACAAAAAAAAAAUCUAGAUGUACUGAUAUCGUGAUCCAGUUCAUAUAUAUGUCAUAUUAUAUUGUAUAAUUAAAUGUAUUCUCUCAGCGGCAUCCAAAUUUUUUUAGGAUUUGUUUCUGAAAAAAAUGAUAAAUGAGAUGGACAAACUUGAUAUGUCAGAGCAUUUCUAACUCUAUUCCAUAUUUUACUCUAAAAUUGAAAAAAUAGAGUGAGAAAUUGAAUGAUGAACAAAAACUAAAAGCAUUACUCUAUAAAUGGAGUAAUGUUUUUAUUGUUUGUUCAUCACUCAAUAUUUCACUAUAUUUUUUUCAAUUUUAGAGUAAAAUAUAGAAUAGGAUUGGAAAUACCCUUAAUCGUGUUUAGGGAUUGACAAACUAUCUAAAUCUUAGAGCAUGAUUAAUGGGAGAGAUCAUAAUUAUAAUCUUAGAGCAUGACAAGACAUGUGUCUUAUAAACUAUUCAUUAUGUUUUUAUUUGUAAGUAGUUUUAGUUAAAAGUGUGAAUAUUAAGAAAACUUGUACUUUUGAAAAAUUAGCAUUUAAUACAUAAAUUCAACCAAUAAUAAAAAUGUAUGAAUUAUUUGAUUGGUCAUACAACAUGUAAUAAAUGUAAAAGUUGAUUUGGAUUAUGUAAACAUCUUACAUUGUGAAACAAACAUUUUUUGUUAAAACUACUUACAUAUCAAAACAGAGGGAAUAUUUUUUUUAUUUAGAAUAUGUUCCUUAGUUAAAAACUAUUAUUUGAGGCAUAAUUACACUAACAACCCUCUUAAGAGACUGCGUUAAUCAUAGUCUUAAAACCCCAACCAUAUAAAACUUAAAAAUUUGUACUGAAUCCAAACUGAAACUUAAAUAUUUUGGUAUAUGAGGAAUCAGAUCCAAACCAAGCCUGAACUUAAAUAUUUUGGUAAUCACAAUUAGAUAUUUUAAUAUAGUAAUUAUUUUUAGAUCUAAUAUCUAAAGAAAUAUCAAAAUGCUUUUGCCAAAAAAAAAAAUAAUACUCCAAGUUAUACUUAAUCAGCUAAAAAAAAUAUCUAAAAAUCUAAAAAUGUUCAAAACACCAAAAAUAUACUAAAUACCUAUCAGUUCUCUAUCCAAAUAUCCAAACUGAACUUAUUUUCUUAAUUUUAAAUCUUUAGCAUAGAAUAUUAAAAUAUAUAUGUUGUCUAUUGUUUUAUUUUUUGGAUUUUAAAAUUUAAAAAAGUACUUUAGGAUUUUGAAUUUUUUUACAUAAUUCAAAUGGACAUUUGAACUUGAAUUGAUUAACACACAAAGAUCCGAAUAAAACCCAAAAUGAAAUUUAUAAAUACAUGAAUGAAGUUUAAAAUUUUAAUCUGAUAAUUUAAAAUUUGAAUAGACCAGAACCGAACCUGAAUAUAUACAUGUUUAUGAAAUUAUAUUUAUGGAAAAAAAAAAUAUAUAUAUAUAUAUAUAUGUGUUUUUAAAUGAGAAAUACUGAAAAUUAUAUUAUGUGGGACUGUGGCUCUGUCCAUGUGUCAAGGCAAAGACAAUGACUCUUCAUUAGUUAUAAAAAUUACAAUAUUUAUCAAUCUAAUGUUUAUAAAGUCUAUGAAGAAUCAUUAGAGCAUCACAUUCUUCCAACUAAAAUUCCACUUUACUUUACAGAAAAUCACCCUUUCUCUAGAAAAGAAAAAAGAAAAGGGAAUGAAUAAAAUUGAUUCUCAAUUCAAAAGGUCAAAAUCCUAACAAAUAAAUUUGACGUUUCUACUCAAAACGAUAAUGUUUAUUUCCCUAAUUUUUUUAUAUUUUUAUUUACUUACACAAAGAUGUCCGAUCAGGGAUAUUGAAAACCCAUUUUGUGUUCUUGUAACUCUUACAUGGACUCUAGGUGAGGGGUGAAGGCGUAAACCCCAACCAAUACAAGGGCUUUGUUUCUAAAGACCAUAACAAAGCCUAGUUUGUUACAGCUGAUGCUAAUUGAAUUUUUUCUAAAGUAACCUAAACUCUUAUAAUAUUUACCUUUACUGUCUAAGCGUUCCCAAAAAAAAAAAACAUAUAGAUCCACUUGUGAAGAAGAAUGUAAUUUAACUUUAUAAUAUUCCUGUCACAAGUUAGGUAAAGAAUUCUCUUGAUAUGUGGCUUAUCAAGUGAACAAGAUCGCGAGGCUUCACAAAUCACAACAUUGUUACUUUGACAUUAAGGCUUUGAAUGGUGUCAGUGUGGGACGAGAUGAGCGGAUUAGAUUUUGCGGUAUGAAUUCUAGGUAGCAUGGAAGCUUCAUUAGACGUAUGCGUCCCGCUUUGAAACCGAAAUCAGAAGUUUGUGGAAGCUCCCAAAAUCUCGCUUUCAAUACGUUUCCAAAAUUACCUCUUAAAACAUUUUGCAAGCUUGCGACUCUGUUUAUGAAUCACAUUUCUUUUUUAAAAACUAAGUGUAUAAAUAAGUACUUUAUGUUUUUAUUUAUAUAACAUCCAAAAUUAAUGGUAUUAAAAUAGAGAGAAUACAAAAUAAGCAAAUAUCAAAACUAAUACUAUAAAAUAUCUUUGCGCAUAAUAUUUUUUUCUAUAAGAGAUCUUACAUAUAUUCAAAAUAUUGUGACAGAUAUUUGUGAACUAUUAAAAAUAAUAAUUUGAUAAUAUUUUUUAUAAGCUUAACCUACUAUUAUUUUAUAAUUAAAAUAUGAAGUCAACUGAAUUGAAUAAAAUUAUUAAAUAUGAAUAAAGUGAUUUUUAUUCUGAAUCAUAUAUUUUUAGUCAUAAUUUUAUAAAUUCAUUUUUAUGUUAUGUAUUUAUAUAUAUAUAUAUAUAUAUAUAUAUAUAUAUUUAUUUAUAUAUACGCUUCCAACACGUAUCUGCUUCUCAAUUUUUUUUAAAAAUCCCGCUUCUACAUUUCCUUGCGAUUCUGCUUUCGCGUAUCCGCUUCCGUUUCUAUGCAACAUAGGGUAUAUUCUGGGAUAACUACGAUUUAUCUAAAAUAAGGGGUUCAAAACAAUAUGUGAAUAGUAAUUAAAACAAUAAUGGAGCAAUGUUCUCUCCAAAACAUGACACCUCAGCUUUUAAAAUGACAGAGAUUUACAUGUCAUAAACUGAAAAAACUUGAAGAACCAAUCAACUUAUUUUGUUUGUACACAUCAAUUCUUCUUCUCCGUUAAAAUUGUAUCUUUCGAUUGUUUUGCACUUUCCUUCUAACGAUCAGGAUUCCUUGAAGACGGUGGAGUGAACAGAUUCAUGGGUCUGUUCCGCCACAAUUCAUCUUCACCGCAGUUCACCGUCUCUGUCACCGGAGUCCAUAGCUCGACUCAUCUCUUCCAGCCUUGUGGUCAGCUUCAUCUCCUCAUGAUUAACCUCUGUCUCGAGCUUCCUCUUCUCCGUCGCAGUUUGUCGUGUCCGUCUCGGGCCUGAAUUGCGAGCUCCAUCUUCUUCUUCUUCGUCUCAGGCUUGGCUCGUGGUGGUUGUUCAGUUCGUGUUCCAGCCAGCAGCACCGGACUCGUCCUCUGCAACUCCGAUUAUCAUCUCUGUCGUGGCUGAGCUUCCGAUCGAGAAGCUGGACAGCUCCUCCAAUGGGUCUCUCGUCCAAGUCGCCUACUCCAUCAUACUCUCAGCCAUCUCCAUCGUCGGAAUCAGCUGUGGUCACCGCCGGAAUCGUCGGGAUCGAAGUGAAGAAGAACGACAAUGACACACUCUCUCAAAUCAACCUCUGUACUUUCGAUGUGCAAUUUAACCCAACCGAGAAUUGUGAAUUUGCAGCGUUGGUCCUUGGACUCUUGUUAACAUCACAUUGGGCCCAAAACUUCCAUAAUGUGCAAUUUAAUCCAUGAUUGUCCCCAUAGACUUCCAAAUGUGCAUUCCAAACGCUAUCAAAUGCAAUUAUGUAUGAUAAUGCAAUAUAAGGACUUAAAUGCAACCUAGAAUGAUUAGAAUGUGCUAAAUGAUAUCCAAAAUACCAUUAAAAGCAUGUUAUAUCACAGAUGAGAGAACACGAUCCUCCUCCAUUUUCUUUCUCGGAGAGCGAAGAGAUCCGUGAGCAAGUGUAGAGGGUUUUGGGUGGGAGUUCUAGGGUUUAUGGUAACGGUGCAGAUCUCCGGUGGAUUGUGAAGAUUCCAGCGUCCAGUGAUGGUGAAGAGUGGCAGCUCCGACGUCGCUCUCCUCCACGUCUCGGUUCCGCUACAUAAUACCAACAAGAGUAAAGAUGAGAUGACUCUAUCACUCUAUGGAUAACAGUGGUGGUGACGAUCGGAGACAAACACAACGUCUUUUUUGCAUACAUGAAUGGAGAGGAGGAUUUGAGGGACGAACCAAGAACCAUACGAAGUCUGAAGGAGGGGAAGAAGAGAAGAUAAGAAAAAGGAGGUGCUGGUGAGAAGCAUCAGUGUUUACUAUACAAAGAAGAUGAUAACUUGGCUUUAGUAGAAGGAUAUAUAUAUAUAUAUAUGCUUAUAGAAAUAUACAGGUUAGGUUAAAGUGAAUUAAAAUUUUGAGUUUUGGUUUGAUAAAAAUAAAUAUAAUUAGACAAACCAAACAGAUUAUAGUAAACCAGAUUAUUACAAUUUAUUACUAAAUUGGUGAAAUCGAAGACCAUAUAACAUGACACUAUUAGGGAUCUAGCAACAUUCAAACAUGAAGAAGACCACAAAUUCACAAUCCAUAAUUCCAUCGGGUGAAGAAGCCGCAAACAAUCAAACCGAUGAUGAGAUUAUUUGAUGAGUUGUUAAGCUCAAACUAAGCUGGGAUUUUCUCAAGAAUAAUUCUUUUUGAAACUCAAGAAGAGUCGAUCAUACUAGCUAUGGUCUAAUUCUGAUGCAGAUGGUCGGUCUCAUCCUCAAAGUUGGUGGCCAAGUUCAUCAAAAUGAAAGAGCAACUACAUCAACAAAUAAAUGAUGCACAAACAUUUAUGUGACAAAUUUUAUCAAAAAUAUCACAUAAUAUAUUCUAUGUAAAAUAUUUUUCAAAAGCCAAUACUAAUAUUGGUGAUGGAGAAUAUUUACUGAAAUCAUUUUUAAAAAUAUAUUAUUUUAACAAUAGCUAAUUACUUACUACAAUAUUGAAUUUUAAAUUUGAAGUGAAGUGAAGGACAUUUACUACGAUGUUGAAUUUUUAAUUUGGUGAACAAGAAAAAUGUUGGAAAAGAAAUGAAUUGGACUUCUAUCCCUUGACUUUAAACUCAAUUAAAAAUAAAUAAAUAAUAAAGUAUAAAUAUAAAAGUGAUGUAAACAAAAAUUUAGCCUAUAUCAUUUAGUAAGAAUGAUAGAAUACGAAAUCAAAAUAAGGAUAAAAAAAAGUCUGGUUAUAAGGCCGCUGUCAAAAAAAAAUUAAUAAAAUGCUUAAGUUCUCUAUAUUAUUUUUAAUUAGAACUCCACAUUAUUUUUUAUCUGAUCGAUACAAAAGGUGAUGACAAAAAAAAGAUCGAUACAAAAGGUAAAAAUAAGGAUUAAACUGAUUUUUUAAUAUAUAAAAAUGUAAAACUGAUAUUUAUAUUGAAACAAAAUUUAAAAUACGAAAUACUUUUAUGGAAUGGAAUGAGGAUAGUAUUAGAGUCUUUUAGAGCACAAACUGGAACUUAAAACCCAAAAAAAAAAAAAGCAAUGAGAUUUUACACCACUAACUCGAGAGCAAAGGUGCGAAAAAAUUAACUUCAAAGCUAAUAUGUUAAAGAUUAAUAUCAAAUAAAUAAUUAUUAUACAAUAACCAAAAUAUAAAAAAUACAAUAUAUGUCUAGAUUAUAAAUAUUUAGAUACAAAACUUAUAUUAAUAUAAUUAUUCAUUUAUAAAAUGAAAAUAUUUUAUAAACAAUAAAAUAAAAAAAUAAAAUAACCCCGCAGCGUAGCGCGGGUAAUUACCUAGUAUAUAUAAUAGAAAUUGCAGAACAAAUGUUCGAAUAGUGAUAUGUAUCACAAAUACUAUGGAUAUAUAAUACAUUAUUUUACAAAUUUAAAAUCAAUGAUACUAAUAAAAUUUAAAGUAUUUGAUUAAUUUAUAAAAAUAUAUGUCUGAAAUUUUCUACAAAUAUUCAUUUGUUCCCUCAUUCAAUACACAAAAUUGGAAAAUAUUAUGAUACAUAAAUUUGAGAAAAUAUGUGACUUCGGAAAAUAUAUGAAUUUGGAGAAAUAUAUGAACCAUACCUUGUUGGGUGUGGUUAAACCAUAAUUAAAUGAUUUUUUAAUAAACUUAUGUAAAUUAUUAUAAUUAAAAAAAAAUUAAUGAGUUAUGCAUUAAAACUGUUAGUUUGUUAAUAUGUAUUUUUAUCAAUUUUAUAUAUGUCAUUGAUUAAACCAUAAUUAAAGAAAUAUUUAAUCAAACUUAUGCAAAUUAGUAUAAUUAAAAAUAUAUUUUAAUAUUUAUAAUAAAAGAUAAUAAUAAUAUAAAAUAUAUUUGUUGUUGAACCACACCAUAUAUGACGCAUAUGCAGUGUCGGUCCAGAUAUAUAUGGUGCCUAAAGCGCAAUAAAAAAAGUUGCCCCAAACCAUAAAUAAUUUUGUUAUAUAUUAAAUAUGUAAUAUAAUGAUACAAAUAUUAUUUAAAUUUAGUUAUUUCUCAAAGAAAAAAACAUUAGUACAUUAUUCAUAAAAGAUACUCAUUUUAUUUUUCUUAUGUGUACGCAUAUCAACUUUGAAUAAUAAGUAUUUUUACUAAUUCGUACUUUAUUGAUAUCAUAAACAAUCUAUAUAAUGGUUCAUGUGUAGAUAAACAUUUUUAAAUUAUAUAUUAGAAA